CCUCCAGCCUGGGGAACAGGAGGAAACCUCAUCUCUUAAAACAAAAUUACAGAUUCCUGGUUCCUGGUUCCACCCCUGGAGUUUUCAAUCCUGUAGGUCUGGGAUGGGGCCUACAUUCUCUGUCUUUCAGGUAGAAAGACCUUAAAAGAAUGUAAAUUUACCCGAAAGACCUAAAGAAUGUCCAUUUCUAAGUUUCUGGCUGAUGCUAAUACUGCUGGUCUGGAGACCUCACUUUGAGAAGCAAUGCUCUGCAUUAACAAGAAUAGAAAAGGCAACUUCCUGUUGACUGCCUUGGCAUGGAAGUGGCACACAUCACCUCUAUUCAUGCGGACCCACUUAAGUGCCAGGCUGGGGAGGGAAUGUGGCUCCAAGUCUAGCUGAUCACCUCCCAAUCUCUGCCAUGCCUAGCAGAUCCAAAGACAGCAUCUUCUGCAAAAAAUCCCUGUGGAAGCCCAAGGCCUGGCACAAGCCACCCCAUUCCUUUUAGCUGCCACGAUCUUACUGGUUAUCUGUGGAAGAGGACACAUGCCUUUCCUUUCUCUGGUCUCCCCCAAGAGUCCUUAUUUUAUAGUGGUCUUAGAUCCAGCUCAAAUACCACUUUUUCAAAUACAUCUUCUCUGAUUCCAUAGCCUUACCAUUCUUUUCCUUAUUUGUGCUUUCUCCAUCUUUCCAGAUUCUCAAAGCAAGAGUAAUUGUGAAACUCUCCAGUGCACUGGGUGCAGGGAAUCAAGGGUGGAGUCAGAGGCUGGGCAACAAGAUGCCAUUAGUAGUCCAGGGAUGUGGCGCACCUUCACCGGCCAGGUUCUCGGGGCAUUGUCACCAACUUAAAACCCUUGGGGGUACUUUCAUGAGGCCCGCCACGCUGGGAGCAAUCACAGACACAGGGCUCCUCAAGAACAGGCAGGAGGUGGAGGUGAGGGAAAUGCAUCAGUUUUGUAGGGAGCUGUCAGGAGUUCCCGGCGCCAUGACGUGCUACAGUGCGGUCACGUGUGCCGACGCCAGGCACGUGCCGGGCUCUCGGGAACCGUCUCCGCAGCCGCCAGGUGGCACCUCCCCAGCCUCAUGGCCGUCUCGCUGUCGAGCCUCGGCGUGGGGCCCGGAACUUCCAGGCCCUCAGUCCUGAGCCGCCACGUCCUGCUGCCGCUGCUGCUUCUGCUGCCGCUGAGCUGGGGUAACAAACAGGACACAACCAAUCCAGUUUGUGGUGAGCCCUGGUGGUCGGAGGAUUUGCAAAUGACCCGCCAUUGGCCCUGGGAGGUGAGCCUCCGGAUGGAAAAUGAGCACGUAUGUGGAGGGGCCCUCAUUGACCCCAGCUGGGUGGUGACUGCGGCCCACUGCAUCCAAGGCACCAAAGAGUACUCAGUGGUGCUUGGCACCUCCAAGCUGCAGCCCAUGAACUUCAGCAGUGCCCUCCAGGUCCCUGUGAGGGACAUCAUUAUGCACCCCAAGUACUGGGGCCGGACCUUCAUCAUGGGUGACGUUGCCCUUGUCCACCUUCAAGCACCUGUCACCUUCAGUGAGUAUGUGCAGCCCAUCUGCCUCCCGGAACCCAACUUCAACCUGAAGGUUGGGACACAGUGUUGGGUGACUGGCUGGAGCCAGGUUAAGCAGCGCUUUUCAGCCAACUCCACGCUGACCCCAGAGCUGCAGGAGGCUGAGGUGUUUAUCAUGGACAACAAGAGGUGUGACCAGCAUUACCACAAGAAGUCCUUCUUUCCCCCAGUUGUCCCCCUUGUCCUGGGGGACAUGAUCUGUGCCACCAAUUAUGGAGAAAACUUGUGCUAUGGGGAUUCUGGAGGGCCAUUGGCUUGUGAAGUUGAGGGCAGAUGGAUUCUGGCUGGGGUGUUGUCCUGGGAAAAGGCCUGUGCCAAGGCACAGAAUCCAGGCGUGUACACCCGCGUCACCAAAUACACCAAAUGGAUCAAGAAGCAAAUGAGCAAUGAAGCCUUCUCAGGUCCCUGCACCUCUGCCUGCCUCCUGUUCCUGUGCUGGCUGCUGCAGCCCCAGAUGGGCUCCUGACCUCCCUACCCCCUCCUCCUCCUGCCUUGCCUUUGCUGAAUGGGGCCAGAUGGAGGUUUGACCACGGUCAUGUGUCUAUCUUCAACAAGAGCCAGGGUGGGGAAGAGUAACUCCUGGGAGAAUGGGUCUGGCUUUGGCAUCCUGGUGAGAAGUGUGCUGGAUGACUAGGCCUUGGGUGAGCAGGAGAAGGGAAGUGCAGCCUGGAAGGAUUCUGGAAUCUGGGACCAGGAGAGCAGGGAUUAAACAUGUGUAAACUUGA